UGUGUUGUUCGGUGGUGUGAGCUUAGCGCGUAGUUUGCACCCGCCAGUCACCGAGUCACCAAGUCCCCACCGAGAUGUUGCAGCUGGAGAAGAUCGGUAUCCUGCUCGGCCUCACCCUUGUGGCCAUUGGCGGUGUUCACAGUUUUGGCCAGUUUCAUAUGAAACACUAUCAACUGCAAAGGAACUAUAAUACCCAAGAGGAUUCCAGCGAAAAUGAUAAUAGUGUUUUACGCACCUUCCGGCGUUGCAUGUGGGAGCAAUCGAAGUUCCUGCCCCGCCGGCUCGUCCUCCUCAGCCUGUGCUCCAAUCUGUUCUGCGAGAACAAUCACAUUAUGUCGCGUUCCAGGUCUAUUUUCGUAGUGGAAAAAGUUUCUAGGCCGAAUGACUGCCUGGACAUUCUGCCCGACCAGUGUGAACAGGGCGACGAGGAGGAGCUGAUGUACAAGCCAUUCCCAGACUGCUGUCCGGUCUAUUGCAAUCUGAAGCGACGGAUGCAGCGCCUCCGCACCAUGCACUUCCGGCAUCGCCUGCUGCGGAAUAUGCAGGACGGUUCGUCCGGCGGCUCCUCUGGCAGUUCCUCGUCCUCCGGCGGCGAAGGUCCCACCAACUCCCUGCUUAGCGAAUUUGUCUACAACAACUACUAGGCUAUGGAUUGGAGAUGUAUGGAAGGACAUCCGGGAGGUCCGGAAAAGAGGCAUUCUGUCGCCAGUACACUGAGCCAAAAAACCAUAGCAUCACAUCACGCCCCUCAAAGAUGUUUACAAAACUGGAUGAUAGCUUAGAAUCUUGAAAAGUAUAUCGUAUCUUAAUAUUAUAAUAUUAAAACUGUUAGUAUAAGUUCAAAAAAAAACGUACAUAAAAUAGUA